AUGGAUGCCAAUGUCGAUGCAAUCGAUACCGAUGAUGAUGACGACGACGAUGCUGGUAUAUUCAGUAUCGCCAACGACCACCAAAGUGAGGAAGAUGAUGCCCUCACUGGUACAGACAAUAUUCUUUCAGUAUUGCGCACGGAGCGCACUGCUGUUGACAAGGAUGAAUCAGCAGAGGAGUUUUUGCUGACUCGCGAAGCGGUUGUCCGCUUCGUUCAAGAUUCUAUUGUACAUGCAAUAGACAAGCAGAAAAGAAACGCAGACAAACAUGGAAGAGCAACUGUUCUCUCAUUUGAUGAAGGAGACCUAGUUUUGCUGUCAACAGUAAACCUACCAAGACACGCAGUGACAAACGUGGGCAGCAGUAAAUUACUGCCCAAGUACAUUGGUCCAUUUCGUGUGUUGCGCCGAAUGGGCAACGCAUACACGAUUGAAAUGCCCCGUAAGAUUCAUACGCAUCCUACGUUUUGCGUCGGUCGUCUCCGCCCGUACUAUCAGUACGAGCUCGUUUCGAGAUGCGAAGAACACCUCCGCGGUCGAGAGCCGAGACCACCUUCGAGUGGUCCCGUUUCAACGAGCCAGUCUGGUCGACUAGUGAAGCGACCUGUUCACGCAGUUCAGCGAUGUCUCGACGAGCUACAGCCAGCUCGUCACGAAGAGAACGAGUCGAACGUUCGUUCUCAAGUUGCGCGAGCGCAAAAGCAGCACGAUCGUCCGAACGAUGGUCAUCUUACAACUGUUCCGAUACACGGUUCAGCUCUUAAACAUCAAGCUGAUCCGACCCUCGAGCCGGAUCAGGUGUUCCCGCCGCCACCACAUCCUUAUAUGGACUCAGGCGGUGGUCAACGCUUUCUAGUGGAGCGUAUUUUGAACCACCGCGAUGUGAAUGGCGUCCGGACAAAUUUAAAAAAAGAUUACCUCGUCCGCGGGCGUGGCUAUCCACCGGCGUGGGACAGCUGGGAGCCUCGUGCCCAGCUGAUUGUUGAUGUCUUGGAUCUCGUUGAGCAACAUGACGAGACCCACCCGCUGCGUUCGAAGAAGGGCCGUCGGAAAACGAUUCCCCGAACGCGAGUACAGGGAUUGAAAGGUUUCAAUCCCUUCGGCCAUCUCGGAAGAGAUGCGCGCCCUCCAGUGGGGAUCAUUAGGGAGGUAGGCAUCCCUAGGGGCACGGUUCGAAUUGUCCAGGCAGCCUGGAAACGAAUCACCCCUCUAAAGACAGGGUAA